GGCAGCCCACGGGUUCGGGCGGCCAGAUCGGCGCCGUCGGAUCGGCGACGGACGGCCCGGAUCGGCCGGGACCCCCCCUACCUUUCCCGUGUGCAGGUGCGGGGGUGGAGUAGGAGUAAAUUGGGUUCGGCGUCGCCACCUCCUCUUCCUCGCCACCACUCCCUCCCCCCGCCCCCGCCCCCAACCCAUUCGCCGCCUCCCGAUUCCUCCUCCGCCGGCCGCCGGGCGAGCGAGCGCCCCCGACGACUGCCCCGGACCCUCGACGCCGGCGAGCGUGCGGGGGCGGGCGGGCGGGCGCGAUGUACGGGAACGACAACUGGAUCAACAGCUACCUGGACGCCAUCCUCGACGCGGGGAAGGGCGCGGGCUCGGGGAGCGGCGGCGGCGGGGGCGGGGACCGGCCCUCGCUCCUCCUCCGCGAGCGCGGCCACUUCUCCCCGGCGCGCUACUUCGUCGAGGAGGUCAUCACCGGCUACGACGAGACCGACCUCUACAAGACGUGGUCCCGCGCGAACGCGAUGCGGAGCCCGCAGGAGAGGAACACGCGGCUGGAGAACAUGACCUGGAGGAUCUGGAACCUCGCCAGGAAGAAGAAGGAGGUUGAGGAUGCCAAACGGUUAAAACGUCGCCUGGAGACAGAGAAGCCACGAACUGAUGCUACUGCAGAAAUGUCUGAAGAUCUCUUUGAAGGAGAAAAAGGAGAGGAUGCUGGUGAUGCAUCUGUUGCCUAUGGUGACAGCUCAGCUGGGAACACACCUAGGAUCGGUGCCGUUGACAAGCUAUACAUAGUAUUGAUCAGCCUUCAUGGCCUGGUUCGUGGUGAGAACUUGGAGCUUGGCCGGGAUUCAGACACUAGUGGGCAGGUCAAAUAUGUCGUGGAACUUGCUAAAGCAUUGAGUUCCUGCCCUGGAGUAUACCGGGUUGAUCUCUUGACGAGGCAAAUAUUAGCACCUAAUUAUGAUCGUGGAUAUGGUGAACCGUCAGAGACACUGGUACCAACAAGCUCCAAGAAUCUUAAACAGGAAAGAGGAGAGAACAGUGGUGCAUAUAUCACCCGAAUACCAUUUGGACCAAAAGAUAAGUAUCUAGCUAAAGAACAUCUCUGGCCUUACGUGCAAGAAUUUGUUGAUGGUGCACUCAGUCAUAUAGUGCACAUGUCAAAGAUCAUAGGUGAAGAAAUCGGCUGUGGACAUCCAAUGUGGCCUGCUGUGAUUCAUGGUCAUUAUGCCAGUGCAGGAGUUGCUGCUGCUCUGAUAUCUGGAGCACUUAACGUUCACAUGGUAUUUACUGGGCAUUUUCUUGGGAAAGACAAGUUGGAAGGGCUUCUCAAGCAAGGGAGACAGACAAGGGAAGAAAUAAAUAUGACAUACAAAAUAAUGCGCCGAAUUGAGGCAGAAGAAUUGUCUCUUGAUGCAUCUGAAAUAGUAAUUGCAAGUACUAGACAAGAGAUAGAAGAGCAAUGGAAUUUGUAUGAUGGUUUUGAGGUUAUGCUUGCAAGGAAGCUUCGUGCGAGAGUCAAGCGGGGUGCUAACUGCUAUGGACGUUACAUGCCUCGUAUGGUUAUAAUUCCUCCAGGUGUUGAAUUUGGCCAUAUGAUUCAUGAAUUUGAUAUGGAUGGUGAGGAAGAUAGCCCAUCCCCAGCCUCCGAAGAUCCACCUAUUUGGUCUGAGAUAAUGCGGUUCUUCACAAAUCCUAGGAAACCUUUGAUUCUGGCUGUUGCUCGUCCAUACCCUGAAAAGAAUAUUACAACACUUGUGAAAGCUUUUGGUGAAUGCAGACCAUUGAGGGAGCUUGCUAACCUAACACUGAUUAUGGGUAACCGUGAGGCUAUUUCCAAAAUGAGUAAUAUGAGUGCAGCUGUUUUGACAUCAGUACUUACAUUGAUUGAUGAAUAUGAUUUGUAUGGUCAAGUGGCAUACCCAAAGCAUCACAAACACUCAGAAGUUCUUGAUAUUUAUCGUUUAGCAGCGAGAACAAAGGGUGCUUUUGUAAAUGUAGCUUACUUUGAACAAUUCGGUGUCACCUUGAUAGAGGCUGCCAUGCAUGGUUUACCUGUAAUUGCAACAAAAAAUGGAGCUCCUGUAGAAAUUCACCAGGUGUUGGACAACGGUCUCCUUGUUGAUCCCCACGAUCAGCAUGCAAUUGCAGAUGCACUCUAUAAGCUUCUUUCUGACAAGCAACUCUGGUCAAGAUGUAGAGAAAAUGGGCUGAAAAAUAUACACCGGUUUUCUUGGCCUGAACAUUGCAAGAAUUACUUGUCGAGGAUAUUAACUCUUAGCCCAAGAUACCCUGCUUUUCCGAGCAAUGAAGACCAGAUUAAGGCACCUAUCAAGGGAAGGAAGUGUAUCAUUGUUAUUGCCGUAGAUUCUGCCAGUAAGAAAGAUCUGGUCUGUAUCAUAAAAAAUUCUAUCGAGGCUACACAUAAAGAAACGUUGUCAGGUUCAACAGGUUUUGUGUUGUCGACUUCCUUGACAAUGUCAGAGAUACAUUCCCUAUUAAUAUCUGCAGGCAUGGCUCCUACAGAUUUUGAUGCUUUCAUAUGCAAUAGUGGGAGUGAUUUAUUUUACCCUUUGCGGGCUGGUGAUUCACCAAGCACUUCCCGUGUGACAUUUGCAUUAGACCGUAAUUACCAGUCCCAUAUCGAGUACCGUUGGGGAGGAGAAGGUUUAAGAAAGUAUCUAGUGAAGUGGGCUUCCUCGAUAGUAGAAAGAAGGGGAAGAACUGAAAAACAAGUUAUCUUUGAAGACGCAGAACACUCCUCAACAUCUUGCCUUGCGUUUAGAGUGGUCAAUCCAAAUUAUUUACCUCCUUUGAAGGAGCUGCAGAAGUUGAUGAGAAUCCAGUCACUACGCUGUCAUGCUCUUUAUAACCACAGUGCUACCAGGCUAUCUGUAAUUCCAAUUCAUGCAUCACGCUCCCAGGCUCUAAGGUACCUGUCUGUUCGUUGGGGCAUAGAGUUGCGAAACGUCGUGAUUCUUGUCGGUGAAAGCGGCGAUUCAGAUUACGAAGAGCUGUUUGGAGGCCUUCACAAGACGAUCGUCCUGAAGGGCGAGUUCAACACACCCGCAAACAGAAUCCACACGGUCAGGCGGUACCCGCUGCAAGACGUCAUCGCGCUCGAUUGCUCGAACAUCAUCGGGGUCGAGGGCUGCAGCACCGACGACCUGACCCCUACUCUGAAGACGCUCGGCAUACCGACGAAGUGACACAUAGACAUAUAUUUUUGCCUUUUUUUCUUUAUACGAUGAGAGGACCGAACAAUAUACGAAUAUAGCAAAUAUAUACUAUCGUUUCCAUGCUGGAUGGAAAUACCGAUUUUGCCUGCAA